UUCUGGGCAAUGUGGGCGGAAGUUCGAUUCUCGUGGAAGAAGAGGUUGUUGUCGGUUGUCCGCGGGGCCAGUGGGGAGACAAGCGCCGUGUUUCGGUCUGUUUGUUUUGUUUUUAAUCCGUGGGAGGGGAGCUUCAAAGGACGAAACCGAAACCGGGCAACUGUGCGCGGAUGCGGGGCGAAGAGUCUUCGGAUUCAGAGUCGGGGAGGAUGGAGGAGAGCUCGGUCCGCCGGAGUUUGGAGACGUUGUGUCAGGAACUGAACAUGGACGAGCGGACGGCGUCAGAAGCCAUGAACAACUUCUCAGCCAUCUGGAACACUUACACGCUGGAGGGGGAGGUGGUCCACUGGCUGGCCUGUGCGCUGUACGCCGCCUGCAGGAAGGGGUCCACUCCCACGGUGGGGAAGGGGCUGAUGGAGGGAAACUGUGUGUCCCUGACGCGGAUCCUUCGCUGCGCCAAACUCAGCCUCAUCCAGUUCUUCUCGAAGAUGCGGAAGUGGGCCGACAUGUCCAGCCUGCCGCAGGACUUCCGGCUGAGGAUGGACCAGCUGGAGCGAAACUUCGAGGUCUCCACGGUCAUCUUCCGCAAGUUCGAGCCCAUCUUCAGCGACGUGUUCGCGGACCCGCAGGCGUGCGAGGCGCCGCGGCAGCCGCGCAGCAGGAAGCACAGGCGGCUGCCCUGCCACGUCUCUGAUGUCUUCAAGUUCUGCUGGACGCUCUUCGUCUACACCAAAGGAAACUUCCGGAUGAUCGGCGACGACCUGGUGAACUCGUACCACCUGCUGCUCUGCUGCCUGGACCUGGUGUUCGGCAACGCGCUCCUCUGUGCCAACAGGAAGGAGCUGAUCAACCCGGCCUUCAGAGGUCUGCCCGCCUGGUUCCGGGCGGACGGCGGCGCCUGCCGGGGGGGCGAGCUGCCGCCCUGCGUGCUGGACCGGCUGUGCGAGCUGCACGACGGGCUGGCGGUGGAGGCCAAAGGCAUCAAGCAGCACUACUUCAAGCCCUACAUUCAGAAGCUGUUCCACAAACAGAUCCUGAAAGGAAACGAGACUCUUCUGACCGAAAUGCUGGAUCCCCAGAACUUUAUUGACAACAAUAAAGCCUUAAACAGGGAGUAUGAGGAGUACGUGCUGACGGCGGGCGACUUCGACGAGCGAGUCUUCCUGGGAGCGGACGCCGACGAGGAGAUCGGCACCCCGAGGAGGUCGGUGCAGGAGCGGGCCGCCGGGCCGUCGGCCGCUCAGAGCCAGCUGCAGCAGCGUGUGGAGAAGUCUGGCUCUCUGGCGCCCUCCACUCCUCUGACAGGACGGGUCUACCUGAAGGAGAAGGAGCUGCUUUUCACGCCCGUCUCUUCAGCGACGCAGAGCGUCAGCCGGCUGCAGAGCAUGGUCGCCGGUUCCAGGACGGCGCCCAGCGAGAAUCUGCUGCAGAUCUUUAAGUCUUGCUCCAGAGACCCUACAGAGUCCGUUCUUGCUCGAGUGAAAACUCUCGGACAAACCUUCAAAGAACAUUACACCAACGACUCGGAGGAAACGCCAGGAUCUCACAUCGACUUUGCAGAGAACCGUUGGAAGCUGGCGGAAAUCCUCUACUACAAAAUCCUGGAGAACGUCCUGGUCCACGAGACCAAACGGCUGCAGGGCAGAGACAUGAGUGUGCUGAUGGAGCAGGACAUCUUCCACUGCUCCCUGAUGGCCUGCUGCUUGGAGGUGGUGCUGUUCUCCUACAGCUCCCAGAGGACCUUCCCCUGGAUCAUCACCGUCUUCAAACUCGCCCCGUUUUACUUCUUUAAGGUAAUCGAGGUGUUCAUCCGCUCAGAGGAAGGUCUGUCCCGGGACAUGGUGAAGCAUCUGAACUCCAUCGAGGAGCAGGUUCUGGAGAGCCGAGCGUGGACCUCAGAUUCGGCUCUGUGGCGCGCCCUGGAGGCUGCUGGGAACAAAGUUCCCACCGUGGAGGAGGUGAACUUCUCCUCCUGUCUGGACUCGGGUUCUGGUUCCACUAACGCUCAGUCCCACCUGCCACUGGUGGCCCACUCCCCCAUCAUCCACCCUCGCAUCAGGGAGUUCAGGUCGGGUCUGGGAAGCGCUCGUAAAGAAGUGCCCCCCUCCCCGCUGUCGGUCCACGACAGAUACAGCUCUCCUGCGGCCGGCAGCGCCAAACGGCGGCUGUUUGGCGACGACUCACCAGCGCCCCCUGCAGCCGUGAAGAUCAACGUGAGUCCGCUGCCGUCUCCGGCCAAGAGGCUGACGUUCGGGUCGAGCAGCGGCGCCCUGAAGAACGGAGGCGCCGGAGCCCAGACCACCGUCCUGAGCUUCCCGCUGCAAGGUGAACGCACUUUCACACUGAUCCCCGUCCAGCCGUGCGACUCCUCAGGUGUCGUCACGGCCCAGUUCCUGCUGACCUCCUCGCCGAGUCGGGGGUCCGCCCCCCCCACCUCCAGCAGCGAACCCCCGGCGGGCAGCGGGCGGCCGCGGCGCACUGGAUCGCUCGCCCUGUUCUUCAGGAAGGUGUAUCACCUGGCCAGCGUACGUCUGAGGGACCUGUGCCUGAAGCUGGACAUCUCCGCCGAGCUGCGGGGGAAAAUCUGGACGUGCUUCGAGCACGCUCUGGUCCACUGCACCGAGCUGAUGAAGGAGCGGCAUCUGGACCAGCUGCUGCUCUGCUGCAUUUACAUAAUAUCCAAAAUCACCAAAGAGACCCACACCUUCCAGGACAUCAUGAAGUGCUACCGCAGCCAGCCUCAGGCCAGCAGCCACGUUUACCGCAGCGUGUUGCUGCGCCGCGCGCCCAGGGAGCCGCCGGCUGACGACAACAUGGAGGUGGACUCUGCGUCUGGAGGAGAAUCUGCAGAGAAAGCCAACCAGCGGCCGGCUGACCGGACCAGCCAAUCAGCAGAGGAGGAGCGCGGCGACCUCAUCCAGUUCUACAACACCGUGUUCGUGGUGAAGAUGAAGGGCUUCGCUCUGCGAUACGCCGCCAGCGAUAACCGGGCGGACGCCCCGCCCCUCUCCCCGUUCCCGUCGGUCCGGGCUCAGCCGCUGUCGCCACGCCGGGUCAGCCAGAGGCACUCGCUGUACGUGUCGCCUCACAAGAACGCCGCCGCCUGUCUCACGCCCAACUCCUCGUACACCUACAGGAUCAACAACAGCCCGUCCAAGGAGCUGUCCGACAUCAACCGCAUGAUCCGACAGGGCUGCGUCAGCCGGAAGAGGGCCUUCACCAUGGAGAGCGACCUGAUGAUGUCACUGGCGUGCGACUCGCCCAGUAAGCGGGCGUGUCCGGAGAACGGCAGCAGUCCAGACGUGCUGCUGAAGCGUCUGCAGGACGUCGUGUCCGAGCGGCAGAGCCACUGACCCCAAAGCUGCAGCACUGAGAGCAACGUAGCCAAGGUCCAGAACCAGAACCGCUCCUCAGGGUCCGAGGCAGCGGUUCUGGUUUCCCGGCUGGUUUAUUUGACUCUUUAGACCCUGAAGUUCUGAUCGGUACCGGUACCGUCAACCAGGAACCUCCACUGUGUAACACUGAGCUCGCCUGGCAGAACCUCCUCUGCUGGUCUGAACCGGACCUCUUUAACCCAGACGCUGUUCUUUUUUUUUACUCUUUUAACUUCAGACUGUCAAUCUGAUCCACUAAAGUCUCUCUGACAUCUAUUUAUGCAGAAUCUGCCAGAAGGAGCCGGACGUCUGGGAUCUGGGUUCACCUCAGAGGGUUUGUUCCUUAAACACUGUUGGGAUUGUUGGGUUUUAUGGUUUUUACUGGAAAAUGUGAUCCGGGUCUGCUGAGUCCUGCACUGAGCUGCAACAUGUGGGCCUCAGAGAGCCUCCAGCUGCUGUGGUCUGAUCCUUGCAGCUGAAGGAUCUGCUUAGCUGGAUCCUUGGUUUGCUUUCAGGCUGGGAUGAAGCUCUUUUGUCUUCCUGCGUUAUUUGAACCUUGCUACCAACAGAGGAGAAUAACUCAGUGCAGCUGUUGGCUCUGAUGCGUUUCCUCCCAGUAAUUUGUAGUGAUUUUUCUCACCAUGUGGUUUGGAUGCGCAUCGGUUUCCUGCUGGACCAUCUUGCCCCAUGGUGAUGGUCUUUAUUCACAAGCUGCUGCUUUUAUUUAAACUAAAGCUUCUGCUUUAUCAAAACACAUAGAAAAGCAUAGAAACCUCUCAUGGUGU